AUGGCACAAUCAAUGUCUCUUGCUCAAUGGCAUCGAGAUCAAAGAACCAUCAAACGCAUCUGGCAACCUUUACACGGACGGUUGGCCCAAAUCGUUCCUGAAUUAGCUUCUAAAAAUAUUUUAGAAGCUGCAGAAUACGUAGCCCAACUGGUUCAAUUUCAAGAAGACAAUCUCGGAAGAACACGUAUAAUAAAUAACGUUUUACGUAUACCGGGCAAAGUUUUCAAGGAUGCCACUCCAAAUGGAGGACUUGUGCAUGUCGUUCGUGCAAUAUAUGGCUUUACCAAGUCUCAAGGUCUACCAAGGCCUGAUUUUAGCAGACAGGAUUUCGCCAUUCGCUUGGUCCAACAUAUUUACGACCAGUUAUGCAAGGCCAGGAUCAUAACACCGCCGCUCGUAUAUUGGGCUCCUUCAAUGCCUCCAGCAAGACAAAAGGUCUUCACUGACGCUUUACGAUCAUUGAAUGGUGUUGGUGUCCAAAGUACCAAGGAAGCAACGCAUAUUGUUGAGAAUUGGGUUGAAGAACCUGACGAGUCAACAUAUCUUCGCACUCUCGAGAAGAAGGACGAUAUGGCACUGGUACAUUACUGGUACACGCCAGAUAGUGCUGAUGCGUGGAUGGCAAACCCUUGGGACUUCGAAGAGCCUGAGCCACCACCACAACAUCACGGAAUAUGGCGUGUAUCGGCAAGGUGGCUUCGUGAUGGUGCGCUAUACAACGAGUGGAUGAACGAGGAGGACUAUGAAGUUGAUGAACCAGCGCCUGUCGCUCGAACAACCACUAGUAGCAAUACCCAACAACAAAAACGACAAUCUUCAGUCAACAAUGCCGACGACAGUUUCGAUGAAGACGAGUCUCAAGACGAGCAAAGUGCUGUAGGAGACGAUAAUUUCAUAGAUCAAUAUGCAGACGACGAUGACGACGAUGAUCGAGGUGGUGGCAGAGGAGAUGAUUCCGAUGACGGUGAAGAACCGCCAGAUGCUGAUCAAGACGACUUUGAUUAUGGAUCAAGACGUCCACCUAAAUCUGGUGCUGGUAGUAGUAAACAGUCACGAGCCGCUCGACCUAUUCGAGAGAGUAAUGACGAUGACUAUGGUACACGACGCGCAGGUCCAAGUCGGCCAAGACCACCGAAGAAGAAUAUAUUGGCUUUACGAGAAAAAGCUCGAACAGGGCCCAAACCGUACCCGAGAAUGACAUUCAUUAAUAUGAAUGAACGUAUAUGGAGUCAGACAAAGAGAUGGGAAUGGGAGCCUGUAGCAGAUGGUCUGAUUCGAAACAUCUCACAAUGUAUAUAUACGAAUAACGCAGGAUCUCGUGGUUUAUUCGACCUUGCUAAUGCUGCUGGUGGCGAGCAAGGAGAAGUUUGGGAUUUGCUUCUUGAGAAGGCUGCCCAGCCAGUGAAUAAAAGCCAACAAAAGACUACAGAUGAUUUAACCAUCCCUUGGCCUGGUACUCGUAAAAUCGUCACACCAGCCAUGAGCCAAUGGUUUAAUAUAAGUGUCAUACAUAAUUUAGAAAAGUCUGCCUUUGGUGACAUCUUCAAUCCGCAACCACCACCAGAACCCAUAUAUGUGGACGAUGUCGAGAUUAUGCCAGAAGAAGAUCCCAUGAUGAUCAGAAACACGGAUGAAAACACUUAUAAAAUGGUCCGUGAUUAUAUUAUACAUACUUAUAGAAGACGGCCGAUAGAGUAUCUGCCCAUUACGGAAUGCCUUGGUGUGGAUGCCAAGGAAGACAUCAGUCUAGUGUAUCGUCUACAUACAUUCUUGGAACGAUGGGGUCUCAUAAAUUAUCAGGCUAUACUGCAUCCGUCUGAGAAUCGAGAAGAGGCAACUCGUGGAGCAUCGUUGGGGUCUCUUGUAUAUAAGAAUGUUGCUGACUUGCAUGAUGGUGCUGGACAGUCUUCAGGCCCUCCUCCAUCGUCAGAUAAGCCACCAUUUAUAAUACCUCCACAUACCACCGCAGUCACCUCAUCAAAACACUUUUGUAUGUCAUGUGGAGCGACGUGCUUCUUUAUCCUAUACGCCUCGAUCGAGUAUGCAGCAACAGAGUUCUGUGAAUCGUGCUAUCUAGAUGGUAAAUAUCCGUAUUAUAUGCAGAGUAAUCGAUUUGUGAGAAUCGAGUUGCCGGCUCUGUAUCCAGAAGAUGAUGAAUUCGAUGAUGACGACGAGAGCCAGGUGGUAUCUACAGAUUCCGAUGACAACGACGAUGAUGAUUCUGAUGUUGCUGUUGAGCCACGACGAGCAUCGUUACGUAGUAGUAGUGUAGUAGCAACCACGAAUCCAGAGACUCGUUUAGGAUCUUCGGAACCCAUGAUGGAUGUCGAACCACCUACUUCUUCUUCACCUGUCAAGGCGACGAAACCAUCAUAUAAUAACAGUAAUAAACCCGUCAAGCAAAAGCAUUCGCGACAAUGGACCGAUGAAGAGUAUUAUCGACUCUUGGCUGCCGUCGAGAAACACGGCACUGAUGAUUGGGCUGCCAUAUCUGUAGCUAUGGGAGGCACCAAAUCCAAAGAACUAUGCUUGAAGAAAUUCUUACGUACCACCCUCGACGAAGAGAAAGUCUCGUUUCGUCACGACACACAUCCAUUAGAUACCAGCAGCUACAAUGAAUGGGAGCAAGAGUUUAGGAAAUGUGUGCCGCUGCUUUUAGGUGCUGGUGUUGAAAACCCGUUAAUGAAUUUAUUGCAGACGUUGAGUAGUGCCACUGCACCGCAAGUUGCUGCUGCUGCUUCUCGAGGGGCUAUGAUUAAGAUACUGCAGUUAAGGAAACAGGCUUCUAAUGCUCCCGUAGUGGAACAAGCUACACCGAUUGAGUAUAGUGAUGAAAGUGACUUGAAGCUGGAAGUUAAGGAUGAAGUGUUGGAUGAUGACAGCACUAAGUCGCAGAUAACUCCUGUUGCAGCUGCAUCUAGCAGCACAGUAUAUGGAAUAGAGCCAAGUAUGGACUUGGAUGAUCAGUCUUGGAUGGAUUUGGAGUUUCCACCGAUGCAUUUAGAGGCCAAGGACGUUAAAGUUAAGGCUGAACCUAUUGUGUCAACAACAGCCGUACCUGUAGACGUGAAACCCAUCAUCGACACCACCAAUAAUAGCAGCAUAGACGCCAAAGCAGAACCAACACCCGACACGCAGCCCAACAACACAGAAGAUAUAGCCUUUUUCGCUAAAAUACUACCUGAAAACAGCACUAAACCCACUAAACAACUACUCAUGGCUGGAGCAUUACAACAAGCCAUGUCUGAAGCAAUGUCUGAAGCCCGUAUAUUGGCGAGAUAUGAGCAGGGCAAUGCACAGAGAAUGGUGGAUGAGUUGUGUGAAUUGCAGGUGUUGAAGAUUAAGCAUAUGGCGAGCUUGUUGGAGUGA